AAACAUAUGCCUCGUUCAAGCAAAGUAUCAAACCGAUCCUUUUCCCAUGGUAAACAAGGAUAGUUAAAUGAGCCAAUCAUUAUUACAUUAUAAAGAGAGAUAGACAAUUACACCAGAAAAGUGGAAAUUGAAAGAAGGUUUCAUUUAACAGAUAUAUUAUUUUAGAAAGCUCUUUAAUUUAGAACAAUAACAUAGAUAGUUACAGGAAGAAGUUAAAAAUAAGGUGCAAUCAGUCAAAAAAUUGAAAAUGGAUUCCAUUAAAAAGGUUUUGAACAAAGAUCAGGCAGAAUCAAAAAGUCUACAAUUUUAAAUUGAUUAAGUAAUUCCAUAAUCCAAUAUAGUUCGACAAAAAAUUAUGUAAGUCUGUUGCGAACAUUGAAAUUAUGAAAUCGAAUAUUGAUAUAAUCAGAAAAGAACGCAAUUAAUUGUUGCAAGCUAUGAAGGAAAUUGAGUAGAAUCAUGAGCAAAUCCAUAGUAGAUUGAUAUCAACAUAAUCACAGGCUCAAAGAAAGGUUCAUGAUGCUUGUAAUAAUUAGAAAUAUUGUUAGAAAUUACCUAAUAACAAAUGUUCGAUUUGAAAACCAAGAAUGAAAUUGAUAAAAGUGAAUUUUAAGAAAAAUUCGAUAAACUAAAGGCUGAAUUAAAAGAGAAAUAAGAAAAAUAAAAUGAAAAAGACAAAAUAUCAAAAAACAAUAGACUCAAGGCCACCAAUUAUUCUACUUUCGAUACUGGAACAUUAUUAAAAAGAAGAUUAUAAAGAAUUAUUGCCAAUAACAAAGAAAAAGUUAAAAUGAUUGAUACAUAUUAAAGAAAUAUGAGAAUUAUAGAUGAAGCAUUUAAUUAGAUUAAAGAAGCCACUGGAUUAACUGAUAUUGAAGAAAUCAAAAAUAACUUUAUAAAAAGCGAAGAGUAGAACUAUUCAUUAUGGACAUAUGUUGAUGUACUAAAUUAAGAAAUAGAUGCUCUAGAAGAUAAUAAUUUAGAACUAAAGGAAAAAUGUGAAAUAUAGAAAAAAGAAAAUAAAGAGAGAGAGAGAAUUUUAUCAGCAACUCCAGACGGUGAAAGAAAGAGAAAAUAAAUCUAAAGGAUUAUUGAUUAAAAGUAAAACUGUCCAAUAUCAUUCAUAGAUAAAAUGAGAUUAACGAAUUUAGUAAUAAAUUAUCAUAGAUCUAACCAAUCAUUGAGAGUAUUUUAAAUAAAAUGAUUAAAACCAAAUUUAACCAAGAUCAUACUAGAGUGUAUACAUUUUAAGGUGGAUUUUAAUUAAAUGAAUCCAAUAUUGAUCAGUAUUUAGGUGAAUUUCUUGAUUAUAUUAUUAGCUGAAAUGGAAGGCUAUAUAAACAUGUUGGUCUUAUAUAAAUCCAACAAAAUUAGAAGAGAUGGAUUAAAUUAAAAUAAAUUUAUAACUGGAUUACUAUUGGAAGAAAUACCCACAAAAGAAUUCAAAUCUAAAUAAUAAUUAAAUUAAUCGUCAGUGUUACCUUCUUAGGGAAAUGAAGAGGGGCAGGAAUUUUAAAAGUUUCUAAACUACACUGAAUUUCAUGACAUGGCUAAACAAGCUUUAAAGGAUGUUGAGGGAUAAAGUAAUAAAUUACAUUAUUUCAAUAGAUUUUGCAUCAACAAAGAAGAAUAAAAAAUGAUUUUUU